GCGUCGUGCUCAUAGAUAUCGCUAUCAGCGAUGAGUCGACGCCAUCCUCGUGAUUCCAAGCUGAGGCUGCCGAUAUCAACGUCACCUGUGACGAAACGGGCUCAGAUUUCGCCAUUACACGAUGUUGCGCCAAAGUUUCGCGACGAUGACAAGCUCAGUAAUAUCAGCGACGAUGUGGAUACCAACCUGGAAGAAGACCUACUCAUGGAGAUCCGAAGUACGAGACAGAAAAUGUAGGAAAUUUUGUAUUGCUGAUUUUUUUUUCACUGUUCGCAGCAUUGGUGAAGAAGGAGAAAUAUCUGGAACAGCUAGAAGAUCAACUACGAGAGUUCGGUGACGACUUGGAUAGCGACUCUAGUGGCAAUGGAGAAGCUGUUUCGACUUUAACGCAUGAAAAAUUGUACGAGGACGAUGAUGAAAUGCCAUUACGUCGAGUCCAACGCAUACCAGAGAAGGAUCACUCCUCCAGAACGCGAAAGAGAUCGCAGCAACGGACUGGAGACGACACUAUCAAGAAGAAAUCUCUGCCAUCCCGAGCUGUUUCCAAUAAAAAUGUGGAGAUUGCUCGGGAGCACUACAGAGUUUGUUUUGUGGAGGUGAAUCCUGUUCAACUUCGAGAUAUUCGAGCGUUGGUCCUUGUGAAUCAAGAUCUAAACAUUCAUCAUUUGCGAACAUUGAGCAAGAACCUCUUCCUGUUCAGCGCGCUAAAAUCCGUCAAUUUGUCGGAUAACCAGCUCGAUGACUCUGGCAGCAAGGAGAUCCGGGAGAUAAUGUGUUGUCCAGGACUCCAGGCACUCGACUUAUCGCGAAACUUGCUAGGACGACUGACAGCUCGUACACUUUGUGAACGACUGCGACACCAAGCCAAAUUGCUGUCACUCGAUCUCCACGGGAAUUUAUUCUUCUCAGACGGAGGUGAUGCAGCUCGUGAAAUUGCUCGCUUGUUUGCCAAAGCCGUUGCUGUGAAUGAAUUUCUUUUGCAUUUCAGUCUGAGCGUUCCAGAUCAACUUGGAAAAACCGUGUCACUUGGAGAUCAAUGGACAGGCACUACUAUUCAGAGAGGACCACGUCAAGUAAAGAGCAAAUAUAUACGAGACAAACACACAGAAAUCAGUGCUGCCACGGAAUUUAGUCAGCAUUUGGCCGAUCAGCUUCGACAAGGUGGCAAGCACAGCAGUCUCCAAUCACUUAGACUAUGCUACGCCGAAUUCUCGCGUCGAGCUGUUGUUAACACUGUCAAGAUGGCGAACAGACUGACAUCGUUGGAUCUGUCGUUUGCGUUCAUCGGCAUCCCGGGGGCUCAACUGGUAGCUGCGGCCUUGAGGAUAGAUGGCUACUCCACACUCACACAGCUCAAUAUGCGGUGCAACCGAACGAAAUCCAUGGGCGCGCGGGCGAUUCUGGAGGCAUUGAACAAGAACGAAAGACUGACAUCUUUGAAUCUCAGUCACAACGAGAUCUGUAGUGACGUUAUUGAUGCCGUGGUCGACCUGCUACACUCUAACAAAGCCCUCUCUCAGCUGGAUCUCUCACAGAACGAAAUAAUUGGAGGCGAGACUGAGGAAGAGCUGCGUCGUCUGCGAGAUGCUAUUGUAGAGCAUCGAGGAUUGCUGAGCCUGGGCCAGUUGAACAGCUUGGGUGCGACCGAAGCUCAAGUGCUAGAGCUGCAGGAUGAUUUGGACAAGAAUCGCAUCGCCAAUGAUCACGAUAUCCUCGCCUCAAUCAACAGUGUGACUUCAUCGCCCACGGAUGAAGCUGCUCCAAGAAAACGUCUCAUGGCUAGUAUGAUAGUAGAUCUGGACGACCCAGCAUCGCUUACGACGGUGUGGCAGCGGAAGAUCUCAGAAGAUGGCCGGAUUAGUUUGAAGUGGAGAAUGGCGGUGAAAUCGAAGCUGUCAGGCAAUAAGGCGUCAGGUAGCAGCAACGGUGUUGGUGAGGGGUCACACAACUCACCUCUUGUAUGGACGCUGAUUGUAAAUCGGAGGUGCGGAGUGCGUGGUUCACUAGAAGAUGAAGCAGCAUCGGCACAUUUCUGUUUAGAGGAGCCAGGGUCCUCGUUUGUGUUGUAUUCUGCAGUGGCGUACUGCGGUAAUGGUGACACGAUAUUCCUCAAGCUCGGUGUUGACCAGGAAUGUGGCGAAGCCAAGCAGCUGUACAGAGUCUUUGUCAAGGAUAUCGUAUUCAUUCUACAUCACGUAGGUGUCUGCUACAAAUACGUUGACUUCCAACUAACUUACUUGUUUACUUGUGUGUCCCGAAGCCACAAGAUCGUCGGCACUUGCUGGUUAACAUCCCACGAAGUCUUUCAGAAACAGCAAUUCAGUGGCAGAUGAGGACCCAGCGACAUAUUGUGUCGUCUUCAAAGAACCAAGAAGUCGAUCACUCAUCCUUCUUGUGGGAGGGUGUUGUCCAGAGAGUAUAUAUCCACACCACAGGAGUUUAUCGUCUGCUUGCCUGUAUCCAGUAUCCUACGAAACUCGAGACCACCGUGUUGGAGUCACGCUACUGGUGGAAACUGCAGCGUUCUAGUUGCUGGGAUUCUCGUACCAACCACGUCGUGCUCGAAGGAAUGUAUUUCGACAUGCACGGAGUGGUGCAAAGCGGUUGUGAGGUUGUUUUCUACCUGCCUGCAAUGGAGUGGAUGGCCGGUGAAUACUUGCAGCUCUCCGUGACGACACCAAGCCGCGAUGUGGUUCUGCAAGUUGUCCAAUUCCAGAUUUUUCACGAGGUGCGCUACUUUUGAAUUUUCUUUACUUUCCCUAACUGGCAAUUUUGAUUCCAUUACUGUUGCAGGUUUCCAACUGGGAACACCCGUCGUCAAUCUCCUGUCUUAGUUUUACAGCUUAAGAAAGAUUGGCUGAACAACCAGAUCCAGACCCAACGUUUCAGGCCGCUGAAUAACGGCUCGACGUCUUCGGAUCCUCGUUCUCCUUCAGGGGUCGCGUUUACUUUGUCAAAACCUAUGCAUAGCUCGGAUUCAGCUCCGCAAACUCCAAUCUUCGCUCAACGCGAAGAACCCCCAAGAAAGAUAGCGUCACUAUCUCAAGCCGACGGGGAAGCUGUAUCCACUCCGGUACAGCCUGUCGAACUGGAGUCCCGCCCUGUGUUAAGUCGACGGACUUCGCUUCGUGCUCAAGUAGUAACGCCGCCAUCCCAGCUACAGCUCGAAGAGGAGGAGGAGAUAACUGCAUCAGUUGAGAGGGAUAACGCAGCUCCAACGGAAGAAGGUACCCCGCCAUUAAGCGUAGAAAUGCCAGCCCCAGUCCUGCCAGUUCGACAGAAUACUGCAUCGAAGAUAGAGGAAGUAACGUGGGCCAACAUGGAACCGAUCGUCCCGAUACAGCCGGCUCCAAAGCUUGGCACUCCAGGUACAGCCCAAACAAGCAAGCGACGCAUCACAUACUCGGCAGACGAGAUCAGUCACCACGCGCUUGAUCGUCUUGGGGUCAAUUCCGACAUCUUGAAGAAGGAAAAGGGAAUGAAAAAGCUUGGCAUCUGCGACAGCGACAUCAUUCGAAGCGAAGAGCUACGUCGGUACACUGGAGUUUCCCAGAUGGAGCCGUCGUCCAAAGUCGAGUUCAUGUUUGGCUUCAACGACCAGCAAUUGCAUCGCGAGAGAGCUAUCAAGCGUCUGGGCACCACCGAACAGGAGAUCAUGGACGACUACAGCCGUCGAGUGUCUCGCUUGGGCAUGUCGAGCACGUUUCCUGUUAAGCUAUAGCGAUUUAUCCAUUUGCCAAAUGUUGCAUGCCAAAAAAUCAUUCAUCCAUUUUCAAUUCUCA